AUGCUACCUCAUAAAAACAACCAAUCAACCAACUCGGUUCCGAUUUCCCGUGUUGGUCUGUCGGCGAAGCUCAAUCAUUUGAAUGUACCGGGUCUGAACAGCCGACCAACGUCAAGACCCAAUACACCUAGUUCAUAUGUGACUUCGUCGCUAAAUCCAACGAGAAAUAUUCCAGUCACAUCGAAUUCCAUCAAUUCAAAGAUAAAGAACCAAGAAGAGGCUGCUCUAUUUGAGGCACUCCCGAUUACUAGCAGCAUUCGAGACUUUGAGAACGAGUUAGUGGAACUUUCGCUGAGCAUAUCAUCAUUCAAAGAGGAAAACAUACCAAGUCAUGUUGAAAGACUUAUACAGAUAGACAAGACUCUUUCAUCGGAGCAACAGAACCUUCGGAAACAUCAAGAGUUGGGCGUGGAAAUCGAGACGCUUCUGAAAGAAAACGAAGAUUUAAGCAAGGAAAGCAGCCGUUUCCUAAAAGAAUUAAUAGCGUGCCGUGCUGAGUUGAAGAAGCUUCCGAGACUACCGGCUGCCCAGACCUCAUCAAGGUCUUCUAGACUAAAAGAGAUUGGCGUACAAGAAUUGCUCGACUAUUCUAUGACAUUAGCCAAGUUCUCCAAAGCUCCCACAACAGCUAGCGGCCAAAUGCCACAUCCUAAUAAUUUCAUUUGGCCAGCUGAGGACGCAUUGAGAAGAGGACUUCUUGCCUUGACGUCCCUAAAAUCGGAUGAGGUGAUCAGAGCAGAGCUCGGUGAACCAGAGGCAGAAGCCAAAGAAGAGAAGGAAAAAGAAGAAGACGAUGAUAUAGAAAUGGAAGACGUGCAAGACAUGAGUGCUCCUACGACAAAGGUGCAUAGGGAAGAGCAUGCUCCAAGAAAAAUUGAGGUCAACAAAGCGCCUCAAGCGCUCAAUUUGGAUCUCUUCGAUGGUGAUGAUUCAGACGAUUCAGAUUAA